AUGGCGACCGAAACGAUGAAUAUACCUUCCGCGCCGUCGCGGCAACAACAGAAGCUCUCUAUCCUUGAGGGCCCUGUCGAUCCUCCACUGGUUGAUUUGACGUUGGGCGAGCUCCUUGAGCUUCAGACAUACCAGCAUGGCAACCAAGAAUGUCUGGUGAUUCCCUGGACAGGCGCCCGCUGGACAUACAAUGAGCUAAGCCAACAAAGCUCAUCUCUGGCGCAAUCGUUAUUGGACAUGGGAAUUGGAGUUGGCGAUCGUGUUGCCAUUAUGGCAGGUAACUGUGAACAAUAUGCGGCUGUCUUCUUCGCGGUGGCUAAAAUUGGUGCUAUUCUUGUCAUCCUGAAUAACACAUACACAUCAACCGAAGCGAUGUAUGGGUUGAAGUUUUCUGACAGCAAGAUUUUCUUCACGACACCAAGAAUCGGGCGGCUCGACCAGAUGCCGCUGCUACAGCAGCUUGAGAAUAAGAAGACAGCCCCCAUGGUUGUGAUGCUGAGAGGAGAUGAGUCUGGUAAAUACCAGACCUAUGACGAAUUGGUGAAUGCUGGUCGCAGGCGCAACCACCAAAGACUGUAUCAAGCAAUGACCAAGGUGCUUCCUCAUCAAGUAGUCAAUCUUCAAUUCACAAGCGGAACGACCGGAUUGCCCAAAGCUGCAAUGCUCACCCACCACAACCUGGUAAAUAAUUCACGCUUUAUUGGUGAUCGCAUGCGGCUUGGUCCUGCAGAUAUUUUGUGCUGCCCUCCACCGCUGUUCCAUUGCUUUGGCUUGGUGCUCGGUCUUCUUGCUGUUGUCACUCAUGGCGGUAAAAUCGUGUAUCCGGCGGAGGUCUUCGAUAUUGACGCAACGCUCAAGGCUAUCUCUGAUGAACAAUGCACUGCCGUUCACGGUGUUCCAGCCAUGUUUGAUUCGCUCUUUCAGGCAAAGUGGCCUGAGAACUUCAACUGCGACAACCUGCGUACUGGUAUAAUUGCCGGUGCACCCGUUCCUCGAUACCUCAUGGAGCUGUUGGUAAACCGUUUCGGAAUGACAGAGUUCACUAGCAGUUACGGCUUGACGGAGGCUUCUCCAACGUGCUUCAAUGCCUUCACUGACGAUUCCAUUGACACAAGAUUGACGACUGUCGGUACUCUGAUGCCUCAUGCAAAGGCCAAGAUUGUUGACCGUGAUGGUAACAUUGUACCUGUCGGUGAGCGUGGUGAACUCUGCAUUGGGGGUUACCAGCUACAGGCUGGGUACUGGAACAACUCAGAGAAGACCAACGAGACUAUGAUCCGCGACGCUGCUGGCGUCCUCUGGCUGCAUACCGGUGAUGAAGCUGUUUUUGACGAAAAUGGGUACUGUUCGAUUACUGGGCGCUUUAAGGAUAUUAUCAUCAGAGGUGGAGAGAACAUAUACCCUCUCGAAAUUGAGGAGCGUCUGAUGGAUCAUCCUGCUAUAACACGUGCCAUUGUCGUCGGCCUCAAGAAUAAGCAUUACGGUGAAGUCGUAGGCGCCUUUGUUGAGUUGGCUGAAGGCCACCAGAAGCCCCAAUUCGAGGAGAUCAAGGACUGGUGUCGCAAGAGGCUCGGUGGUCACAAAUCGCCUGCGCACGUCUUCUGGCUGGGUGAUGGCGAUGUUCCGGCAACAGUCCCUCUGACAGGAAGUGGCAAAGUUCGUAAGUUUGAGAUGGCUAAGCUGGGCGAUGAGCUUCUGCGAAAGCAUGAAGUAGCUGCGAAGCUGUAG